AUGGCGUCCAUGAAUAACGUAUUUGCGGCCUACAGGGAGCGGCUCGCAGUGCUGGAGUCGAGCGGGAACCGGUUCGCCAAGGGGAUCGCCUGGGUCGCGGGGGAGCUCGUGCCGGUGCACAAGGCGCGCAUGCCGCUCCUCGACCAAGGAUUCCUGCACAGCGAUCUCACAUACGACGUGGCCUCGGUGUGGGACGGACGCCUGUUCCGUUUCGACGACCACAUGAGCCGUCUCCGUGCCGGUUGCGACAAGCUCCGACUGACGAUGCCCUUGCCGGCCGAGGAGAUUCAGGACAUCAUCGUCGACAUGGUCGGUCGGAGCGGGAUCAGGGACGGCCUCGUCGACAUCAUCGUCACCCGUGGCAUGAGGGGCGUCCGCGAGGCCAAGGCAGAGGAGAUGGUCAGCAACCUCUACUUGUUCGUCGUGCCGUACGUGUGGGUCAUGCAGCCGGAGAUGCAGUACGUCGGCGGCAGCGCCAUCGUCGCGCGAACGGUGAGGCGCGUUCCGCCGGGAGCCAUGGACCCGGUGGUCAAGAACCUCCAGUGGGGAGACCUGGUGCGGAGCAUGUUCGAGGCCCGGGACAGGGGUGCCCUGUACGCCUUCCUGACGGAUGGGGAUGCCAACUUGACCGAGGGCGCCGGCUUCAACAUUGUGCUGGUCAAGGACGGCAUCCUGCACACGGCCGAUCGUGGCGUCCUGGAGGGGAUUACGCGCGAGACCGUCUUCGGCGUGGCCAAGGCUCACGGCAUCGACGUUCGCCGCGAGGCGGUGCCGGUGGAGCUGGCCUACGACUGCGACGAAAUCUUCCUGACGACGACGGCGGGCGGCAUCAUGCCCGUGACGGUGCUCGACGGCAAGCCGGUGAACGGCGGCCUUGUCGGCCCCGUCAGCAAGAAGAUGUGGGACGAGUACUGGAAGCUGCACUCGGACGCGGCCAUGACAAUCGAGGUCGACUACUCGAAUGUCGAUGACGGAGCCGGUGCGUGA